UCGGUGAAUAUAGGGGUUUUAAGGGCUACAACUUGGCAACCGUGAUCAACUUAGCAGACAACGGUUGUUAGCAUCUAGCUAUCUACCCACGGUCCGUUCGCCCAGUAAACUAAACAGCUACGGGACGUGUAUAUAUAGUGUUUUAUCAAAGGAUGUCGGCAAGUGACACAGAUUCUGUCGACUUGACGCGGACAACCUCCCCAGUUUAUCACAAGAAAAAAUACAGCAUGGAGUCGUCUAGGUCGCCCAGAACCUCCAAACAUCAUCAUUCACGGUCAAGAUCUCGCUCAAGGGACAGAAAACGUGACCGAAAGUGCAGACGGAGUCGCAGCAGGAGUAAAGAGGCACGAAAGAGAGAUUCCGAGAAGCCAUCAAAAUCACACAAAAAAACAGACGAGCAGCCAGAGCAAGAGAGACUUUCAGCAGAGAAUGGGGAGGAGCGGUCCCGGCGCAAAGACAGAAGGCCAUCCAAGGGCAGGAGUUUGUCCAGGUCACAUUCACGAGAGAGACGGCAUCACAGCAGAAGUAGGGACAAACGACGAUCACGAUCACAUAGCCGAGAUAGAAAGAAGAAGGCAAGGUCUCGGUCGGGUUCAAGGAGCAAGCAUCGUCAUCAUAGCAGAAGUCGUAGUAAGAGCAGGGAGCGAAAGAAAAAGACAGAAAAAGUGCGCAGGAGGAGUCGAAGCAGGUCCGCCGAUCCUCCGGCCUUCCGGGCCCGAAACACAGCUAUGGAUGCCCAAGAGGCUCUGGCCAGAAGGCUUGAGCGAGCCAAGAAACUACAAGAACAGAAGGAGAAGGAAAUGUUUGAGAAACAACAGCAACAACAGCAGGAGAUAGUUGCAGCGGCUGCCCCUAUCGCAGCAGUGGCUGCAGCAGCAGCAGCAGCUUCAAAUCCAGCAAUCAAUGUGGCAGCUCUUCUGGCCUCUGGGACGCAGGUUACGCCUCAGAUUGCCAUGGCGGCACAGAUGGCAGCCCUUCAGGCAAAAACAUUGGCAGAGACUGGUAUUGCCGUACCAAGCUAUUAUAACCCAUCUGCUGUUAAUCCCAUGAAGUUUGCAGAACAGGAGAAAAAGAGAAAAAUGCUAUGGCAGGGGAAAAAGGAUGGGGACAAGUCACAAACAGCAGAGCUGUGGGAGAAGCUAAACUUUGGGAACAAGGACCAAAAUGUCAAAUUUCGCAAACUAAUGGGUAUUAAAGGUGAUGAUGAAGCAGAAGCUUCCAAACCACUAAAUGAUGAAGGCUUGAAGACUCUUCAGAAGCAGGAGGAGAUGUUUAGGAACCUUGAUGUUCAGUAUGAGAUGGCCCGCUCUCAAACCCACACCCAAAGAGGAAUGGGCCUUGGAUUUUCCUCCUCAUUUUCACGUGGAAUGGAUUCUAUCUAGUGCCAAACCUUACUGUUAAUGCCUCUCAUCAAGUUGGACUACAAGUUUAUCGCUGGCAUCUAAGCUUGCAUGGAUGUUUUCUCUGAAUCUGUAAUUUAUUUAUAGACAAACAUCUCACACAUUGGACGCUAUAAUGUAAAUAGUCAGAUGCUGAGUUCUCUCAGUGUUUAUUAACCUGUACAUCUGUGGAAAAGAAAGCAUCAGUUUGACCAGCUGGUGCUGGUUACAAUUGUGGUAGUUUAAAAUCCUCCUAUUGAUGUGAUUGUUUGAAUAUAAAGUAAAUAUGUCAUUCAAGUGAACACUGUUUGCAACCAUACAGCAAAAGGCAUCUGAAGUUGAUGUAGCAAUAUCAGAAUCUCUUAGUUUCAUUGAUCCUGAUUGGGGGGGGGGACAAACAGUGGUUUAAAUACAUAUUGUCCUCAAGAUUGAAAAGGCUUGAAAAGGACUUGAGAAGGUAAUGAAUAUUACAAAUGUUCUUUCAAUAAAUUAGGUUUGUGUUGAA